AUGGCGGGCAUCAAUGUCAUCAGUUGGGAGCUGGUAAGGCCGAGCGAGGCCACCCCGCAUGGCCCCUUUUGGCUAUCUAACCUGGACCUUGGCGUUCGGAGCGGUUAUUCGCCGAUGAUCUACUUGUUCCGGCCGCUCGGUGUGGGUUGCCCAGCUGAUUUCUUCUCGGCGGACAUCCUAAGGACCGCACUGUCCAGGGCGCUAGUGCCGUUCUACCCUUUGGCUGGUCGCCUCGGCAUGGCCCCGGACGGGCGGCUGGAGAUCGAUUGCAGUGGCCAGGGUGCCGUUUUUGUUGUCGCGGAGUCAGAUGCUGUGCUAGAAGAUCUAGAGGGCUUCGCGCCGUCGAAAGCCAUGUGUGACAUGUUCGUUCCUCCCUCUGAGGAAGUGGUCGGUGCCGGCGGCAGACCUUUGCUCCUGCUUCAGGUUACGUUCUUACAUGGAGGAGGCGUGGUGCUGGGCACGGGCAUGCACCACUAUGCCCUUGAUGGCCGCAGCUCAUUCCACUUCAUGCAGACGUGGUCCAGCUUGGCCAGAGGCGCCGCCGGCGACACUGUACCCCCGUUCCUCGACCGAAGUCCCCUCCGCGCACGCUCCCCGCCGGUCAUCCUCUUCGACCACUUCCAUGAGUACUGCCGGAACGCCGACGGGUCUGCAACAGGCGCCACCAGGCCGUCGGAGUUAGCCGGUGCCAUCCUGCGUGUGACCAGCGCGCAGGCUGCCGUGCUCCGUGCGCGGACGGGCGAGUCCUUGUUCCGCUCUCUCGUGGCUCACAUCUGGCACUGCGCGUUAACGGCGCGUGCGCUGCCCUCGGACGCAGAGUCCCGACUCUACACGGUGGUCGACAUGCGUGCCCGCCUCUCGCCGCCACUCCCCAGCGCCUACUUCGGUAACGCUGGCGUUCGCACGUCGGUGUCAGCUAAGGUUGGAGACGUCCUCACCAGCCCCCUCAAGUUUGGCGCACAGCGGCUCCGCAUGGCGACGGGCCAGGGCGACCAGUACGCCCGCUCGUUGGUCGACUACCUGGAGACGGCGGAUGCGUCGUCUAAACCGGGGAGGGAGCUCCCAGAUACGGACCUCCGGGUCAUAAGCUGGAUGGGCAUGGCGUCGCAUGACGCCGACUUCGGGUGGGGCGAGCCUGCAGUCGUUGCGCCGGCCGCCGUGUCCUACACCUGGUUCGUUUACAGCGUUGGAGAUAGUGGCGAUGUGGCGGUGGCCGUGGCGAUGAAGCCGGAUCAGCUGGAGCGGUUCAAGGAGCUCUUCUUCCACGAGAAUGAGAUGGCAUGUUGA